GCAAUAAAUUAAAUUUAAUUCUCACGUUUAUAUUCUGCCAUUAAUCGUCUUAAUGCAGAACCCGCCAUUGUUUUGAUCAUGGGGGUUAACGACAAGAAUUAAAUGAAAUGUCAAAAAUGGAUAUUAGGUUAAAGUAACAAGAAUCCUUGACGUAUAUAUAUCUAUUUAUUUUACGAAUUUAAAGAAAUAAUUUAUUUUUGCGAAAUAUUAUAUUGUGUUAUGCUUAAAUAAUAUUAAUGUAAAAAUUCAAAUGGCAACAGAAGAACAAAAAUAUUUAUCAGAUAUUAUUAAAAAUACACAUGCCACGUUGCGACAAGAAGCUCAGAAUUGCGGUCCUGAAAUUGCGUGGAAACGUCAUAUUUGUCGUAAAGAUAUUUUACAGAAAUAUGCUUUUUCUAUGCAAAAAUUGGCAACUACAUAUUGGAUGGAAAAUAACUUGAAUACCAAAAAUUCAACAUAUUCAAGAAUAGAAUGGAUUAAAACUCAAUGUGAAGAAUAUUUUUUAAAUGGUGGAAGACAGAAAUAUGAUUUGAAAGAAGAAAAUAUAAAACAGAAAAUAGAUAAAUAUUAUGUAGACUCUGAAAUCCCUAUAAAUUAUAAUGUAAAUAUUAAAAAUAAGAAAAUUCAAACAUCUGAAUAUUUUGACAAGAAUAAUGAAAAAUUAGUUGAAAAAAUAUCAUUGUUAGAUGUAGGCAGUUGUUAUAAUCCAUUUGGGAUUUUAGAUAUGUUUGAUGUAUUUGCAAUAGAUUUGAAUGAUAUACCAGAAAAAGUUUUACGUUGUGACUUUUUAAAUGUUCAAAUUGGACGAGAAACAUUAAUUUCUAAUGAUAAAUAUCAAGUUUUACAAUUGCCUGAAAAAAAUUUUCAAGUAGUUGUAUUUUCCUUAUUUUUGGAAUAUUUACCCUGUCCAAAACAAAGAUACAUAUGUUGUAAAAAAGCUUAUGAUUUAUUGCAAACUGGUGGUAUUCUUUUUAUUAUAAGUCCUGACUCAAAACAUGUUGGUGCAAAUGCUAAGAUAAUAAAAUCAUGGAGAUAUGUUUUAAGUAAGUUAGGAUUUAUGAGAAUAAAAUAUGAAAAACUGCGACACAUACAUUGUAUGAUAUUUAGAAAGUGUAUGUUUAAAAAUGUUGCAAUAAGGUGGGCAACUUUGCAAAAAUUACCCCAAAAUGAUCCUUUAUAUUUGAAUGACAUUUCGAUUUAUAUUCCUCAAGAUUUACGAAAUGUAUUUGAUGAAAUUAAAGAAAGAAAAAAAGAAGAAUAUGAUACGAAUGAAAUAAUGAGUAUGUUCAAUGAAUUACCAUUUCAAUAAAUGUAAUAAGAAAAAAAAAUUAAUUAUAAUUAAUAUUGUAAUUACAAUUCUUAUAAUAUAGAACAUAGAAUUUUAUUAUUAUAGGAUUUAAGACUACUAUAAUAUAAACUAAAUAAUUAUUUUUAAA